GAACGCAGCCCGAAUGCCCGAUUUGACACCCGUAGACUCGCCUUCGCCUCGUCUCCCCCGCAGGCCGCAGCCAACAGGAAAGGCCCUCUCUUUCCACAGCCGCGGCGGAGGACUUCGAUUCCAACCGGCGGCGCCGAGAUGAAGCUCACCGUAAUGACCGCCGACGAGCAGAUUCUCUCCCUCGACGUCGAUCCCGACGAAUCCGUGGAGAAUCUGAAGGCGCUUCUCGAGGUGGAGACUCGAGUGCCGCUGCAGCAGCAGGUGCUUCACUUCAAUGGCAGGGAGAUGACGAACAAUGCGGAGAAGCUCAGCGCAAUCGGAGUCCACGAUGGCGAUCUUGUCAUGAUGGUUGCCUCCAACAACAGGACAUCUGAGGAUUUUAUGAGGGUAAAUCCUGAUGGUUCGGCUGUAAAUCCUCAAGCUUUCCAACAGCAUAUACGUGGUAAUUCACAACUUAUGGCGCAACUCCUUCAGAAUGACCCUUCAUUAGCUCAAGCCAUCCUUGGAGAUGACAUCACUGAGUUGCAAAAUAUCCUGCGGUCACACCACCAACAAAGACUACAACAUAAACGCAAACAGGAAGAAGAACUUGCUUUAUUGUAUGCUGAUCCAUUUGAUGUUGAGGCUCAGAAGAAAAUUGAAGCUGCAAUUCGGCAGAAAGGAAUUGAUGAAAACUGGGAGGCUGCUAUAGAGCAUAAUCCUGAAGCAUUUGGUCGAGUGGUUAUGCUGUAUGUCGAUAUGGAAGUCAACGGAGUGCCUUUGAAGGCCUUUGUUGACAGUGGAGCUCAGUCAACCAUCAUAUCAAAAGACUGCGCUGAACGUUGUGGGUUACUCAGGCUACUUGAUCAGCGUUACAGAGGGGUUGCUAUUGGUGUUGGUCAAUCGGAGAUACUUGGAAGAAUACAUGUAGCGCCAAUAAAGAUUGGCGACAUUUUCUAUCCUUGCUCCUUCACAGUAUUGGAUGCUCAGAACAUGGAAUUCCUUUUCGGACUUGAUAUGCUGCGGAAACAUCAGUGCAUAAUUGACCUAAAGGACAAUGUUCUUAGAGUAGGAGGUGGUGAAGUGUCAGUACCCUUCUUACAGGAGAAAGACAUCCCUUCACAUGCACGUGAUGACGAGAAAUUGUCAAAGUUAGCAUCUCCUAGCCAAGGAGCAGCUGGAGAAUCGUCAAAGGCACGGGAGAAGACUCCUGACGUGCCACUGCGAUCAUCUCCUGCAGGAGCUCCAGCUGUGGUUCCUCCACAGGGAGGAGAUUUUGAAGCCAAAGUCACAAAGCUUGUGGAACUUGGAUUCGACCGGGCAUCUGUAAUACAGGCACUCAAGUUGUGUAAUGGGAACGAGGAUCAGGCAGCAGGUUUCUUGUUUGGUGGUUAGAGUUCUUAGAGCACAACCUUCUGCUCAACAUUUUCUUGAUUUAAACAUUUACACACACUGGCCGACGAGAUGUCACAUCCUCCCUUUGAGUAACUAAAACAUUUGUGUGACUGAUACAUUCUUGGUAGGAAUGCUUCGUAUUUCUGUUUUCAGUAGGAAAAAGUUCUCUCUUUUAGUA